AUGCCAACACCUAGGGCGGACCGGGAUCGGCUGCGACAGUCUUCACGCAUCCAACGCUUGAUCACCAACAACGAGACCGACAGGAGACAAGCCGAACCUGAAAUAACGAACGAGAACAGCAAGGAAGGGAAGAGAAGAGGUAUCCCAUGCAUUAUGCAACAGCCCAAAGCACCUCGGAGAGCAAAAAAGCUUGCUCCAGCCACAUAUCCAGCCGUGUGCUCACUAUGCACCUUUACGAACAAGAUCUGCGACACUCCGCAUGCAAUCAAGCGACCUUUGUGCUUCGCUGCUGAACACAACAUACCCUCACAAACGCCGUGCUCGAGCUUAUGCAGUCCACUCUAA